AUGGCUAAUCAGAGAGAGGUAAUUUCAAUGCAACCACCAGCAUGGAUGCUGGUAGCGGCACGAAAUGCUAUAAAAGUAUCAGGUGUCAACCCAGAAGAAGCAUUCGCUGCCAGGAUCCGUGACGCAAGGAAGCAGGCAAAAGCAGGUAGCAAACAGCACCAAGAAACAGAAAGCUUGCUAGCAAAGAAGCUAAGGGAACUGAUUCCGAAUUCAGUAUUGAAAUCUUCGGAUAGGUUUGAACAGGAGAAGGUCAGCGAAGAGUCCAGCGGCAAUGAGCGACAACUUGCAAAAACAAGCUCUACUCCUACCGUGGUCAUCCUUAAAAAGAUUAUACAAGCACCAGACAACAACAAGCGAAAGGAGGCAUUAAAAACCCCAGAAAAAUAUCAGGGUAAGAAAGUAAGGUUCCUUACUGAGCAGGUAGAAAAGGGCUCGUCACUGAAAGACGCUGCACGCCAAUCACAAAAGGCGGCAUCGACCACAACAGUAAACAAUCCAAAUCCCAAGGAGACCAUUACUAUAUCGUCGAAAUCACUAUCAUCUUCCCAGCCCAAAGUAGAGCAAUAUGCUGUACCCACAGACCUACCAGAAUGGUACACCUCCAUCUCCACUGAUAGCAUACACAUGAAGAACCUGUCCAAACGGCGGCCCCCUGCUCUCACAACCCUAGACGCCCUCAAAGACCUCGCCCGCCAAUGCGAAGAUGCCCCCAAAAAGAACCGAUCCAGUGAUCUCCCCAACCUCUACAACAAACUCCGCGAUCUCAUCCACAAGGCCGAAAUCACUCUCCCAGUAACCCCCUACAUGCUCCGCAAAACCUACAUGCUCUCCCCUCAAAACGGCCUCCCCCGAAUCUUCCGUGCCGAAGCAAGCUUCCCGCCAGACAUCAAAGCAGACAGCUAUCAACUCUACAAGCGCUGGUACGCCGGUAACCUAACCCAAGACCUCCUCCGCGGCAUCAUCACUAAAAAAUCCACAAACCGCUCCUCCGACUCCAUCUGCCCUGCCUACCGCUCCAAAUACCCUGUAACAGCAAAGUACAUCGGCCAAGGCGACCUCGUCCCCGGCCAAUGGUGGCCAACUCAACUCUGCGCCGUCCGCGACGGCGCCCACGGCACACCCCAAGGCGGCAUCUUCGGCAGCAAACCCCACGGCGCCUACUCAAUUGUCUUAUCCAGCGGAACCGGGUACUCCGACCUCGAUGAAGGGGAUACAAUCCAUUAUUCCGGCACCGAAAACAACGAUAACGCCGGGUCUGUCACGGAGAAUACAAAACACCUGCUUACGUCGCUGCAGACGCGGGAUCCGGUGCGGGUGCUGCGGUCUGCGCAGUUGGGGAAGGGGAAUAAGUAUCGGCCGGAGAGGGGGAUCAGGUAUGAUGGGUUGUAUGUGGUGCAGGGGUAUGAGGUGUUGGAUGAGAAGAAGGGGAUGCUGAGGUUUCGGCUGGAGAGGUGUGAGGGACAGGAGGGGAUCAGGUGGGAGGGGGAGGCGAGGAGGCCAACGGUGUAUGAGGUGAGGGAGUACGAGCGGUUGAAGGACGAGGGGGCGGGGAUGGGGGAUUGUUGA